CUUAUGCACGACUAGUCUCCUCCUUACAAAUCCGAUCAGACGUUAUGACUUGGGUAUUACCACUGCUGACCCUGUAAUCCUGUUGUUCUUCUUGUUGUAGUAGAGUGCUGAAAGCAAAUUACUGCUUUGUACUGUGAAGUAUUUUUCGAGUUAUUCAAGAUGGGUGUUUCUUCAAUUGCCAAUUUUGUGCCCUUUUUGUUUUUAUGGGUUAUUUCCCUCUGCGCAAUUCAGGGGAACUACGAUCAAGACUAUACAACACAGCUUCUAAGCUCAGCCAACAAAGAUAAAGAUUGGUUAAUCUCAAUAAGAAGGAAAAUCCAUGAAAACCCAGAACUUAGAUUUGAAGAACACAACACCAGUGCUCUUAUUCGGAGUGAGCUUGACAAACUUGGCAUCUCCUAUUCUUACCCAUUUGCCAAAACCGGUUUGGUCGCCCAAAUUGGGUCUGGUUCUCCUCCCGUGGUUGCUUUGCGAGCUGACAUGGACGCCCUCCCUCUACAGGAGCUUGUUGACUGGGAACAUAAGAGCAGAAUUGAUGGUAAAAUGCAUGGAUGUGGACACGAUGCCCAUACAACAAUGCUGCUGGGUGCUGCCAAGUUACUCAAUCAGCGGAAAGAUAAUUUAAAGGGGACUGUAAGACUUCUUUUUCAACCUGCUGAGGAGGGAGGUGCUGGUGCAUCUUACAUGAUAAAGGAAGGUGCUCUUGGUGAUGCUGAAGCUAUAUUUGGAAUGCACGUUGAUUAUACGAAACCCACAGGGAGCAUAGCAACUAUUUCAGGACCUUGCUUAGCUGCUGUAUCUUUCUUUGAAGCAAAAAUUGAAGGGAAAGGUGGGCAUGCGGCAGAAACCCACACUAUUGUGGAUCCAAUACUUGCAGCAGCAUUUGCAAUUCUGGCUUUGCAACAGAUCGUGUCAAGAGAAGUAGAUCCCCUUCAAAGUCAAGUACUCUCUGUAACUUUUGUCCGAGGUGGGACAGCGUCAAAUGUAAUUCCUCCAUAUGUUGAAAUAGGGGGAACUUUGAGGAGUCUCACCACUGAAGGCUUGCACGUGCUUCAGCAGAGGGUGAAAGAGAUUAUUGAAGGACAGGUGGCUGUACACAGAUGUAAAGCAUACGUAGACAUGAAAGAAGAUGAUUUACCACCAUAUCCAGCUACUGUGAAUGAUGAGAGCUUGCAUCAGCAUGUGGAGGAAGUUGGCAGAAUCUUGCUUGGUCCUGAAAAUGUCAAGAUAGCCAACAAGGUGAUGGCAGGUGAGGAUUUCGCCUUCUAUCAAGAGCUGAUACCUGGAGUUAUGUUUGGUAUUGGGAUAGGAAAUGAGAAGGUAGGUUCAGUUCACUCCCCACACUCCCCUUACUUCUUUUUGGAUGAGGAUGUCCUGCCAAUUGGGGCAGUGGUGUUCGCUGCUCUUGCAGAGAGAUAUCUGAAGGAUGACCAGCAAUGAAUUGUGCUCUAAGGAUUUUGCUGAGCAACUUGACAUGGUGCAUCAACAUUUUUCCAUAUUUCAGUUCAAUAUCUUGUCCUUUCUGUACACAAAAAAAAGUCUUCUGUUUACAGUCCACAUCUUGAACUUUCUGUCUACAUGCAGUCUGAAUGGAAAAUAAAUUUUUUUGUUCAGCACACACAAGAUGCAGUAAUCAGAUCUUAUAUUUUCUGGGAGUGCCUUUACUUUCUAUUGCAUUAGGUA